CAAAUCCGCGUUCGUUAAGUUAUCUUCUCCAGUCCAUUCCUUGUCGUCAACCAUCCGCAUCACCAGCAAGAGCGCCAGAACGAACACCUCUUGAGUCUUCAACUCGCCCUCGAUCCUUUCCUUGCUCGCGUCGUACGACCCGUGCCUGCCACGAGGUGCACGACGGCGUCUUCCAGUCAGGUCGCGACCUUUCCGGAAGGCGGUGGAAGUGCAUAACGUUCCCCUGAAAGGGAACAAGCCCGUGCUGCUGCCCAUUAUUGUCACAGCACCUUCCGCCGUACGUAAAGCCGUGGAAGUCACAACGACGUCCUCUAUUGUCCACCUGCAAUAAAGGUUCCACUCGCUGCGCAGCGCGCCCAACGACGACGAAGCACCUAUAGCUAUACAUCAUCGACGCUCGACUCACCCUCGACAUACACUGCAUUCACGCAAUGGCCCACCGUAUUCGCAGCAUCCAAGGUUCCUGCUCUACCCCCUCGUCAGGGCACAGCGGCGACCUAUUCUCUAUGCCAGCAAGCCGUGCCGCACCUCCCCCUCCAGGACUUCCGUCACCGCGCGUCCGCGCUGCGGCAUCGUCCGGGGCGGUUCGCACCUCACCCCACAUGCGCCGUCCUUUACCCCGGCGUCCGCCCCCACCGCCUCCGCGCUUCAAUGCGCUACAGCAGCAACCAGAAGAUCCCUUCGCCGACAACUACGUCUUGCGACUGGCCAUGCCUUCCGUCCCUUCGAUGGAGAUGUUACGGCAACAGGCGAGGGAGGAGCGGGAUCGGCGCGCGCAUCUCAUCGCGAACCUCCUCCUCAGUCGUAAGCGCGCGAGGCCAAUGCGGAGAAGGCCAGUCGACCCCGAAAGUGAUCGACCCGAGCGGCCUUACGUGCGCAGCUCGCUCUCAGUGCCUGUGCACUAACGUGGAAGGUCUGGUCUGUCGUCGUGCAAAGGAUAUACCACUUCACCGCUCACUCAAACGAAAGAGACCCAUCCUUGGCGUACCUAUUCAUUGUACUCCAUACUCGUACCACCAAACAGUCACUCAUUGCAUAUUUCAUCAAACGUUACAAUUCGUAUGUACCAUUGCCAUAAUAUAGGUCCGAUAGGCUCGUGUGGCCUGUAUAUCC